AUGGAUCAGAUCAGAUAUGGGAGGUCACAGGACGGGGUACAAGACAUUUUUUCAGCAGAGCUUGGUGUUCCAGAGUACACAGAGAGAAAGACCUGUCAGACCCUGGCUCACCCUCCAAGGCUUUAUCUGCCUGCCAAGUAUAAGCAGCAAGGGGUAAAGGUGGGUGUGGUCUGCAAAAAUAGCCAGCCACCUGUUCUUCACAGGUUCAGAUGCUCUGAUUCCUCUGAGAGAAUGGCCACCCUUGAGCCCAACUUUUCAGAGUCCCCAGUCAUCGUGAUGCUGGGUGACUUUGGUGGCCAUAUGAUCGCAGGUCUUUCCAUCUUCAUCUUUGGAAUCUACCAAGCAUUGCUGACGUCUCUGGCCCUGCUCAGGGACCCGUUUUCCCCAGAACUUCCCAGAAGCCAAAAGAGAUGGGGCUGGCUCCUCCGGCUGCCCCUUGAUGGGCUGCUGAAGGUGCUUUUGGGGCUCACCUGCUUCCUGCGCGAGCUCCUAAGUCUUCACCACAUCAUGAUUCUGCUGAGACCCGAUGACCCACAAUUUACGUUAAUCUUCCCCAUCACAUGGCAGCAUCUCACCAUGUUCAUCGCUUUCGUCUUGAGUGGACUUGUGGAUCUGGUAAGCCAAGUUUGCCUAGCAAAGAGGCGACGGGGUCUGGAGCUGGGGGCCCAGGUCUUGGCCACCCUCGUAUUGGCCUCCAUGAUGUCCUGCCACAUCCUGCAUAAGGAAGGGCUGAAGAGACAAAGUCACAUCCUGCUCCUGUUUUCCAUCUCCCUUCUUGUCUUGACCAUGACCAUAGAACUCUGGGUUCCCAAUCAAGCCCAGCUUUGGCUCAUCAAGUCCUGGCUUUUCCUGGUGACUGGUUCGUGGCUGAUGCACUUAGCCUACAUUCACUUUCACCCCUCCACUGCCCAUUUAUGGUAUUACCAUGUCAAAGAAAGCGUCAUGUUCCUCACCAUCUUCUUCUGCUGGCACAUGAUAGUGGAUGCCUUGGUCCUGGGAGUGAUCUAUACCUUCUCCACCCUCGGGCGUCAGUACUGUGGCCCGGAACCAGACCCCGAUGGGAACAAUGAGACUGAGUAUUACCUGUGCCGUCCUGAAUCUCCAGAUGAGGAGCUACAAGAAGUUCACAUCCAGAGCACCCCCUUUUUGCAGAGUCCUUGAAACCUCGAGGUCAACGAGUGACUUGGAUUCCUUCAUGCUUCCCUUUUCCCCUGGCUUCUCCUCAGCCCGUGUGUUUCUCUCCCUCACGGGUUCCCAAGUAAGGGUAGCAAUCCUUCCUAUCUAUCCCACACUUGCCUGGAGGUGGUGGGGUGGGAGUGGGGGUGGUGAGCUAAGAGGAGGGAGGAAUGCAGGACAGAUUGGAAGAAGGGGAAGUAAAGGAGAAUUUUAGAUUGACCUUUAUACUCUUCCCCCCAAAAAGGCAUUCCUUGUAUGAUUCCAUUUUUAUUCCUUGAUGAUUCAGGCCAGGCUAAACCUGAAUGUCCAGUUAAUAUUAGAAUUCCUAGAUCUUGUCUCUGUAUUUUUCAUAUAAUACCCUAAUGCCCAUUUCUUUCCUUCAUCAUGUUCUUCAAGCAAAAGUCACUUCUAAAAAUGUUUUUCUAAUGAACUUCACUCCAAACUGUUACUCCUGGAUUCUAUCUUUUUUCAGCACCACAAAUGGUCCAUAUUCUUAUUUUGCCCUUUGCUGAUAACUUACAAUUACUUCCUUCCUGAAUACAGCUUUUCAAUUAGAUUUUAGGUUCAAGGGAAAGGAUGCUCUGUGUUAACCAAUAGCACCUUAAAGAGAGUUUUUUCUCCCCACAGUUAGUAUUUAACAAAUGCCUAUUAAUAUUUCCUCACCCCUAGGUUUCCCUAUAUAAAGAAAAUCUGUAGUACUCUUUCCUAAGUCUGUCCCACGCCGUCAUUCUACCCCAGUAUUAUCACAACUGAGUCAAUUCCCAAAGAAAAGGCAAUUUAUCUAAGUGAUCUUUGUCAGCCUUUACUUCUAAAGUGUCACAAAACCAUCUGAUCCAAGAUCUGAGCCAGAUGAUCCAGAUCUGAUGUCUGGACCAUCACCAAAUCCUCAGGGGAACAGAAGGUGAAGAAUGAAAAAGAAACAGUCUUGCAGAGACUUGAAACAAAUCUAUAGCAUAAUAAAAGUUUCCUGGAUCCUUGCAAAGAGUGUUUUUGUGCUCUCUCCUCAAAUACCUGAGAUUGGGGUCAAAUGAAGAUUAUCAAUGAGACUCCCCCUAAUUCUCCUAAUUGUUUAUGAAUUUUUGGCCAACUAAUCUGCACUUUCUCAUCUAUAAAAUGAGAUGAAUGAUUCUUUGAUUUUCUUCAGCAUUUUUAUGAGAAUUCAAUAAAGUGUUGGAUGUAAAAACAA